AUGUCACUUCAUUAUACAUUUAAAUGGCCAAAGGGUGCUGAAGACGUAAUUGUCACUGGUUCUUUCGACAAUUGGGCCAAGUCUUUACCACUUCUUAAGCAGACAGAUGGCUCCUUUUCAUUACAAGUCCCAUUACCACCUAAAGCUGAAGAUGUUAUUUAUAAAUAUGUUGUUGACGGUGAAUGGAGAAUUAACCCUGAAGAAAACAUCACCAGAGACGAAAGUGGUAUUGAAAAUAACAUUAUCACCAAAGACCAUUUGAAGGAGUUGAUUGCUGUUCCAGGAUCCUUAAUUCCCGAAUCUGGCUUACCUGUAACCCCAGUAGCAGUUCAAAAAGGUUCUGACAACCAAGAAAAUUUGAACACCACAGUUUUGCCUAAAGAAGAACCUCAUCACCAAUCUCUUGCCGGAGAGCCAGGUAUCUUCAUUCCAAAAGAAAAAGAAGCUUUGUCUGCAUUUGAGAAAGUUGAGGAUACUGACGCCAAGGCGUUGAAUGAAAACGUCACUGAAGUUGGAACUGCAAACCAAACCAAUUCUGACAAUGAUAAUUUGAAGACCACAGUUUUGCCUAAAGAAGAGCCUCACCAUCAAUCUCUUGCUGGAGAGCCAGGUAUCUUCAUUCCAAAGGAGAAAGAAGCUUUGUCUGCAUUUGAGAAAGUCGAGGAUACCGACGUCAAAGUCUUGAAUGAAGACGUUACUGAAGUAGGCACCGCAAAUGCCGAACCACAAUCGCUGAUCGCUGUUCCAUCAACUGGCGUUUUAGUUGAAGGCUCUGAUUUAACUCCAGAAGAAAGAAAGAAACAAAAGAAAAAGGUUAAGAAAUUACAAUACAAAGCUAGAAAGAAACAAAGAGCUGCUGAAGCAGCAGCAGCUACUGCUGAUGAAGCCAAUAGUACUAGCGACAUUGACACUGAGGAAGCCACUCCAGAACCAACCACUCAAGAGAGUCAUUCAAAGAAUACCGUUGCUGGGUUAGCUGCUGGUGGUGCCACUGCUGCUGCUGCUGCCACUGCCACCACUGCAUUGGCUGACCAUCCAGACACAUUGGGAUCUACCACCAACGGAGGGCAUAUUACUAGUAACGAUGUUGCCACACCACUUAUCUACGAACCACAAACUCUGUCAAUCGAAAAACCAAAAGAAUCUAUCACAGAGCCAGUUAUCAAAGAAUCAAAACUCGAUUCAGAUCUUGAAGCCCCUAAGCCAGCUGCUGGUUUUGCAGAAACAGCUGUUGUAGAGCCAAAGUCGACUCCCAACACUGAUGCCAAUAACAUAGUUAGUACUGGUGCAGAAACGUCUCUUGACCCGACAGUUGCUGACAACAAGGAACCAGAGUCUGCAGUUCCAGGAAACAAAACCGAACCAACUGUUGAUCAAACUGCUGCCGCAAUUCCAGUCCAAGAAACUGAAACCGAACCUGUUUUGGCAACACCAGCACCGGUAGUCGUUAAUGAUUUUGCUGAUGAACCAAUUAAUGCUACUGAGGUUGAGGAGCACCCAAAGACUUUAGAUCCAAAUGCAGUAGCUGAUUCUGAAGCCAAGGAAGUUGACGCAUCACCUGUCAUCAAAGAAUCUGGAAAUGUUCACACCAAAGAGGAAGAAAUCAUCAUUGCAGCUGAAGGUAGCGAAAAGGAUAUUACUGCUGCUGUCGAGGCUCGUGAAGGUGCUGGGGUAACCCUUGAAGAAAUCCAACCAACAGAAUCAGAAAAGGAAAGAUUGACAAGAGAAGCCAAGCUUGCUGCUGGUGUUGAUGGACCAAUCACUGUUGAAAAAGUUGAUGUUCCUGAGGAUGAAUUGAAAUCUCUGAAAGUGGAAUCACCGACUAAAGAGACAAACCCAACCGCAAAGAAAACCGAACCAAACACGGUCAAAAAGACCACAUCAAAGGGAAAGACUGAAGAAAAGAAGAAAGGUUCAUUUAGAAGGUUCUUGAAAAAGAUUUUCCACUAA